AUGACUUCACAGUAUAACUCAUCUACCCUGCCUGUUUGGCGUUACGAUUCAAAUUCUAACCAGUGGAAGAGCUAUGAUCCAUCAAGGUCACAAGAUACACAACCAAAAGAUAUUUCAUCCUUUCGAGUUGUUACAUACAAUAUUUGGUUUGAUCAAUCUCAUCAACCAUUUCGAUUUCAAAGUCUCUCAGUUAUUUUAAACAAUUCAAAUUCCCACGUGAUAUGUCUUCAAGAAAUGACGUAUCCAAUUUUACAACAAUUAAUUUCACAAUCGUGGGUACAACAGCGAUAUAUGAUAAGUGAUGUUGAUGCAAGUACAUUCUCUAAUGGUAAACAGGGAUAUGGUGUUGUAAUGUUAAUUCAGAAAGAUUUAUGUCUCAGACAACUGUUAAUAGUUGAAUUUCCAACGAGAAUGGGUCGAUCACUUUUAUUUACACAGUUAAAAUUUGGAACAGAGACUAUACUAGUGGGUACCGUUCAUCUGGAAUCACUGAAUAGUCGAGAGGCACGCUCACAACAAUUGAAGAUUUGUAAAUCCAUAUUUGAGACGUAUACAGCCGAUGAUCAACAUACAACGUGUUUGCUAAUGGGUGAUUUUAAUUUCGAUGCAAAUGGCUCAGAAAAUGUAGAGCAUAUGACAUUACUCUCAAAUUGGCUCGAUGUUUGGCCCACAGUAAAAGGUCCAAAUAAUUUAGGAUGGACAUUUGAUACAUCGACAAAUACAAUGCUAAAAAAUCAUCCCAAGACUACGUCAAGACUUGAUCGAAUUAUGAUUGCAAGUUCAGUGAGAAAACCAGCACAAAUUGAAAUAAUUGGUAAUAAAUGUGUAGAACAAAUGCAAUUGGAAACAGCUACGAUGAAUAAUCGUACAACUUCAUUAUCGAAUAUUUUUCCAUCCGACCAUUAUGGUUUAAUGGCUGAUUUUAAUUGA